AUGAAGAUUGGUAUAAUUGGGCUUGGUAAAUUGGGCACUCCUGUUGCUCUAGCAAUCAGUUUGAAAGGUCACGACGUAAUGGGCCAUGAUUUGGAUCCUGCCUGUUGUCAAAAAGAAUCAUAUCCACACCGUGAAAUUGGACCCAAUGGAGAACCUUCUAUCGAGGAAACCACAAGCGAUGACAAGGCUAACUCUUUUUGCCAUAGUGUUCCUCUUCGAGCCGGUAUAUAUAAUCCAGAUCAUAACUGCGUAAAUGGUCAUCACUUCUUCUUCGCCGCAAAAUCUACUGUUUCCUCAAAUUUCACCGUGAAAAAGUCGAUCAUUCCGGCGACUGGAUCCGUUGAAAUCUGGGUCAGUUCCGGUACAGCUCUUCUCGAUUUCGGCACAGUUUUCGCCUGUUCCGGCAGGUUCCUUGCGCCGGAUUCCGACCGGAAUUGCACAGGAAAUAUCCGAUCAGUUCCUGGCCAUUUCCAGCUCGAAGUUUGCAGGAAACGGUCGGAAAACGAACCUAAUCGGCCGGAACCGACCGUGCCAUAA